AUGCGUUUCACAACCGCCGCUUUCGCUGCCUUUGCCAGCGCUGUCGCCGUUUCCGCUCAGUCUUCCCAGAUCAACGAAGAUGAUCUCCCAGCUGCUUGCCAAGUAGAUCCUUCUUGUGUGCAGGUUGUUGGACUUGCUGCUCAGUGUCCUUCGCUUGGUGGCAAUGUUUUCGAAGACCAAAGCUUCUUGCAGUGCGCUUGCACAAACAUUGAUCCUACUCUGUUGGCGACUUGUGCGCAGUGUGUGUCGACGAGCAAGGAUGGUGGUGAUGUCUUGGAGCUCCAGGCAACUUGCGCGCAGCUGUCUAGCGCGUCUUCGGGUGCUGCAGGAGGCAGUGCAGCUGGAGCAGGAACUGGAGCAGGAACUGGAGCAGGAACUGGAACUGGCACUGGGGCAGGAACUGGAGCAGGAGCAGGAGGCAGCGCAGCAGGAGGUACUGCAGCUGGAAGCAACGCACAGCCACCUACAGUCGGAGGAGUUGCUUAAGCUGGAAAACUGUUCGGCUUGGUGGUCGGGAGAUAAUGUGAAAGAAUUGAGAAGCAAUUCUUCCAAGCUCCGACGCUUGCACUUGCUUACUGUAAUACUACCCAGUGC